AUGUUGGGCUCUGUGCUGCUCUGCUGUUGGUCCUUCAGUCUGCUGCAUCUCUCUUCUUCUCUGGUUCAUGGAAACAUCCAGCUGGACGACGGCCGCCGCGGCGACACCUCCUACCUGUCUGACAUCGAGAGAAGCCACGCCCCCGACUCCGUGCAUGACCCCGCCCUCUUACCUGUCGACUCAAUGGAGGAUCAUUUCCUGAUGGACGCAGUGUCCUACGACGAGGACUCGUCAGCAGCCUUGCAGCUGCAGGGUCGGGCCAUGCGGUCGCCGCGUCGCUGCAUCCCCCACCAGCAGUCGUGUCUGGGUUACCCGCUGCCCUGCUGCGACCCCUGUGACACCUGCUACUGCCGCUUCUUCAACGCCAUCUGCUACUGCCGCCGGGUGGGCCACGCCUGCCCACCACCCAGACGCACCUGA